AUGCGUGCUACCAACCCCUCCUCCCGCCGCCCCAACCGGCUGCCGCGCCCCCCCCCUUCCCCCCAAAUAAGGGACGAGGUGGAGCUGUUUGGCGGCACCCUGAAGCCCCACCAGCGCGCGCUGCUGCCAGACAGCACCACCGUGCUGGACCGCGCCGUGAUGCAGCACAACCUGCUGGCGGCCAGCAAGCUGUACAACAACAUUUACGUGGAGGAGCUUGGUGCGCUGCUGGGCGUGACCCCCGAGAGGGCGGAGCAGGUGGCGGCGGACAUGAUGCAGGAGGGGCGCCUGCAGGGCUCCAUUGACCAGGUGGCGUCCCUGAUCCACUUUGCGGACCGCGAGGAGCCCCUGGUGCAGUGGGACGCGCGCAUCAAAGCGCUCUGCUGCCGCGUGAACGACAUAGUGGACGCGUUCACAGAGCACGCGGAGGCGUCGGCAGCAGCGCGCGGAGGCGGCGGCGGCGGCGGCGGCGUGGGGGGGCUGGCGGCGAUGGCGACGAGCUGA